AUGUUUCGCGGUUUUGAUACAUUGAGCAGUAGAUUGAAGGCUUUUAGCCCUAUUUUGCGCUCCUACUGUGCAAAUUUUGCAAAGUUUGAUACUGGGAAAACAAAGCUUUCGCUAAAGGAGUUCCAACCUUUAGUCUUGAGCACAAGAAAUUCCAGUCAUGGACAGAAGACCAUGGUUGUUCGUUCAUCCAUAUUCAUGAAUGAAAAAUAUUAUGACGACCUUCAUUUCUUUAUCAUGCUUGGCUUGGUUCCAUGUGUGCUUGGUGCAUUUAUUAUAAACAUCGUUGUGGGGCAGGCUGAACUUGUCGAAACUCCUGAGGACUAUGAACCGCGCUAUUGGGAAUAUUACAAGCACCCUAUUACUCGUUUCAUUGUUCGGAAUUUUAUGUGGAGUCCUCAGCAAAUCUACGAAAACCACCUCGCUUACAUCAAGCGUCAUAUGGAUUCUCAAGAGAUCUUGAAAGAAGAGAAGUGGUUCCAGCAGUCGGAAUUGAAAAAUCUCGACUAUCGUGGUUGGCAAUAUAUUCCGGUUAAUCCUGCUGGUGUUCUUCGAGCUCAUGAAGAGCAGCUUAUUAACGAGGAGAUGGGCGAUUGUGUUCCGCGAUAA